GCUGGACGAGUGUGCCCGCAGGUCAUGGACGGGCGGGCGGUGCUGAUCCACGCGCUGCUGGCGGCAGUGUGCUCGGCGGCGGCGGGCGGGCUGCGCCGGGACGAGCUGCACAACGAGGUGCUGCACAAGGACGGCGGAGGAGGAGGAGGGGGAGCGCCGGUCCCGGCCACGGCCCCGCUGCUCGGCGGCAGCCCGGAGAAGGAGGGCGGCGGAGCGGCCUCGGGGGACGACUUCAGCGAGCUGCCGAGAGUUGCCUUCCUGUCGAAGCCUCAAGGCCUGGUUACUCCCAAGAAGAAAGGGAACGGCAAUAAAAGGAGAAAAGGCAAAGGCCUGGGGAAGAAGAGAGACCCGUGCCUGCGGAAGUACAAGGAUUUCUGUAUCCACGGCGAGUGCAAGUACAUCCGAGAGCUGGGAGCUCCCUCCUGCAUAUGCCAGCCAGGGUAUCACGGAGAGCGCUGCCACGGCCUCUUGCUGCCUGUGGAGCACCCACCCAACGUGUACGACCACACCACGGCUCUGGCCGUGGUUGCUGUUGUCCUGUCCUCCCUGUGUCUCGUCAUCAUCGCAGCCCUGCUGAUGCUCAGGUGUCACAAGAGGGGUGGCUACGAUGUAGAAAACGAAGAGAAAAUCAAGCUGGGCAUCACUGUGAAUCACUGAGGAUGCCGGGUGCUGGCGAGGGGUCGGCACUAACAACGCACUUCUACCUCCUGGGAGAGGCGAGACCAGCGGGGCUGCGGCACGUCGGGGGCUCGCUGGAGCACCAGGACGGCAGCCGCGGCGGGGCCGCUCGGGCAGCGGCGGCACUGCAGGAGCUUCGUGGCCACCUCCGGGGA